CGGGAAACUGAUGCAGUUAAGAUUAAAACUAAAAUUGUGGAUGACCAAACAGAAACCAUUCGCAGAUUGAAGGAGGCUGUUAUUGAACGAGAGGAAACUAUUAAAGCCACUAGGGAAGAGAACCUGACAGUGCAGAGACACCUGGAGGAGCAGCUGGCAGAAGUGAAGGCGGCCUUGGAUGAUACCAGGGAGCUGCUAGACAAGGCCAUGUUUCGGAAGGAUGAACUAAAACAACAAGUAGCAGAACUGCAACGCGAGCUGAAGGAAUCCAAGGACACUCACAGCUCCCUCAGCACAAGGUGGAAGGAGAAAUCCGAGCUGAUCGGCCGCCUGGAGCAGCAGGUGAUGCAGAUGAAGAACAGCUGGACCCAGAAGGAGGUUCAGCUGAUUGCUGAGAGAGACACUGCACUGAAACAAGCCAAACAAGCCAUUGAGCAGCUCAAGGCGGCAGACACUGCCUUCCGACAGCAGCUGGAGAUGAAGGAGGCCUCUCUUCAGGAAAAGAUAACUCAGUUAGAUUUUGAGAAGCAACAGGAAGUGGAAUUGGCCAAUAAAAAGGUAUCCAUUGUAGAAGACGAGAUGCGUGAUCUGCUCCAAGAAACAGAAGCCAACAAGCGAGCCAUGGAAACCAAGUUAAAGAAACUCACCCAGGCACUGGGGGACCUGCAGAGCAAUUUAAUAUAG